UAUUCAUGAGCUUUUCGCCCUCUACAACACCCUAUACUUCUGCGAUGUGCUACUUCCACGGGUGGAGCUGUCAUGGUCGAAGAGAUUGACUCUGUACGCGCGAGACUGUGCCGUAGAUGCGUCAGAUAACUGAUUUUGGUCACGGCAGAUGUGCUGGCAUCUGUGAGCUUGUCAAAGACGAACAAGGCAAAUACCGUCGAAUCCUGCUCAAGCUUUCAGAGGCACUCUUGAAGUAUCGUGCACGAGACGAUACGGUGAAUACUCUCCUGCACGAAGCGAUUCAUGCCUAUUUCUUCAUUACCUCCGUCUGGCGCAAGUCGACAGAUUCUGAUGAACUCGACCGCUCUGGACAUGGAACAGGUUUCCAGAUUCUGGCAUCGGCUAUAAACCAACAUGGCGGCUACGAUAUAAGUAUAUAUCAUACCUUCCACGAUGAAGUUGAGAGUUAUCGUACUCAUAUCUGGCAAUGUGAUGGACCGUGCCGUUCUCAAGCGCCGUUCUUUGGUCUUGUGAAGCGAAGCAUGAACCGUCCGCCUAGCAACCGCGAUUCCUGGUGGCAGAAACACCAAACGGAAUGUGGAGGCACCUACACCAAAAUCUCUGAGCCAGAUCUGACCAAAGAGCAAGUCAAAGCCUUGAGUGCUAGAGAGCGCGCAGGACGACAAACUAACAAGCUCGACUCCUGGAUACGACGCUCUGUGCGACCCAUGACCAAUUCUGUUGAGCCCCAGGGCGUCGAUGAAGAUGCUGAAGACCAUAAAGCAGGGUCUAUUCAUCCCCAUGAACCCCAGAAAAGACGUGUGAGUAUAGACACAAGAGAUCCAAGAAAACCCAAGAAAUUAAUGGUCUUCUGUCCUAUUUGCGACGUACCUGUCGACGAACAUGAUAUCAAUACACAUCUCGACGCACAACAUGCGUCUUAAUGAUUUGACGACAACUGUGAUAAAUGCGCAUCCAUGCUGACAGUACGGAUCUGCCAAGAUGCUGGAUCGGUAAUCGGCACGGAGAAUCCUAGAUGUUGAUUUGUUGACCCGGACCUCAUAGACAAGAUGAAUGGCAAGCGACGAAUCCAGCAUUGUACCACAUAUCUUUUGCUUUGGAUUACGACUCCGGAUGAUGCAAGCUUUACUCUCUUAUCCUGUUUCCAGAUUCUGGACAGCCCAUAGAGCCCCCGAUGAAUCACCAUGCUGGUAGUCCUAAGCUGCUUCCGCGCCUCAAAGCCGCAGGCAUACACAUGGGGACUCAGUUCCGGGUUUUCAUCUAGAGCUGAGCUAAAGUGCACCUCGUAAACCUACCCGCUGCGACCGCCCAGAGCUGACCACAGAGACGAGGUGUUACCACUUGCAUGCUGUUGCUGCG